AUGGAGCCCUUGGCCCAUUCUCUCCUUCUCCUCCUCUUCACCUUUCUGCCUUUCUCCUUCUCCCUCUCCGACGCCGAGGCCGCCUUCAUUGCCCGCCGUCAGCUGUUCACCUUCAAACACUCCUCCGGUGAUCUCCCUCUCAACUAUGACUUUGGCUUCAAGAUCAAUAUCAAAAUCAAGAACCCUCGCCUUAAAAAAGCCUUCAUUGCGCUGCAUUCUCUCAAACGAGCCAUCUACUCUGACCCUAAGAACUUCACCGGAAACUGGGUUGGCCCCAAUGUGUGUUCUUAUAAUGGUGUGUUUUGUUCUAAAGCUCCCGAUGAUCCAACUGUAAAUGCCGUCUCUGUUCUUGAUCUCAAUGGUGCUGAUAUUGCUGGUUAUCUCCCUUCUGAGCUUGGUUUACUCACUGAUAUUGCUCUUCUUCAUGUGAAUUCUAAUCGGUUUUGUGGGGUUGUACCUGAGAGCUUCUCAAAGCUUACAAGGAUGUCUGAGCUCGACUUGAGCAAUAAUAGGCUUGUCGGGAAGUUCCCUGAUGUUCUUAUCGGUCUACCUGAGCUUCGAUAUCUUGAUCUCCGGUUUAACGAGUUUGAAGGAGAGCUUCCUAAGGCACUCUUCGAUAAGAAACUUGAUGCAUUGUUCUUGAAUGAUAAUCGGUUUAUUUCAAAGAUACCAGAAAACAUCGGCAACUCUACCGUUUCCGUGCUUGUUCUGGCCAACAACAAGCUCAAUGGUUGUAUCCCAACCACCAUUGGGAAGAUGUCUAGCACUUUGAAUGAGCUUAUCUUGACGAACAAUGAGUUAACAGGUUGUUUACCUUCAGAGCUUGGGUUCUUGGGCAAUGCUACGGUAUUGGACAUGGGGUACAAUUCUCUUUCCGGAGAGCUGCCAAAGAGUUUGGCAGGGUUGAAGAAUCUUGAGUAUCUAGGACUUUCUCAUAAUGUAUUGACUGGUGUUGUGUCUGAAGGUGUCUGUGGCUUGCCUAAGUUAACAAACUUUAGUUUUGGAAACAACUACUUUAUGGGUGAAGCAAAAGAGUGCGAGGUGUUUGAUGAUAAGAGUAAUUGCAUUGGUGAGAGGCCCUAGACAAAAGGAUGUGAAUCUCCUGCUCCAACCUCCUCUAAGGGUCACUCUUCUCCACCUUCCUCGCCACCACCGCCACCAGUCAAGUCACCCCCUCCGCCGCCGUUAUCAUCACCACCACCACCUCCACCGGUCAACUCAACACCACCUCCACCAUUAACGUUCCGGCCGCCUCCACCGGUCCAAUGGCCUUCUCCGCCACCACCGCUUUCACCACCACCACCGCCACCACCGCCGCCGCCGCCGGUAUCAUCACCACCACCUCCAACUCCUAAGUCAGACUUUGAUGUCCUCCCUCCAACACUGGGACUUAGCUAUGCAUCACCACCUCCACCCCAAUACCCUGGCUACUAA